UGGGGCGAUAUCCCUACUGCGCAUGUAGGGAACUACCUUCCUACACCCAUCAGCAACGAACAGCUGACAGGUGCAACAAGCGCUACACUCACGCCUAUACAUAGGUGUAACACACAAGUCCGUUUCGCUCACGGUGAGAGUACAACUUCACCUGGAGAAUCAUAACGUCAGCAAAUGCUUUAAUGUCACUCAGUAGCCUGCUGGAAAUCACACAUACACCAAAGCCAGACUAAUACUCACGUAACUCCAGAAGCUAUAGUCCAGUACUUGACGUAAAUCAGAAAAGAAAAAAGUAUAUCCCUGUGAUUAAUCCAAAACGUUACGGCAGAGAGUCGACAAAAGCCGAGGCAGCCUCCGAUGUGACAAACCUCUUCUCUGCCCCGUUGACAGACACCCUCAGCGUUGCUGGAUAUAUGAGCGCGUAGUCCACGUUCAUCCUCUUCAGUCGAGUUUUCACCCCAUCAAAGGCCUUGCGUUUUUUGACCACUGCCGCUGAAUAAUCGUUGAAGAAAGAGACGUUAAGACGAUCCGCGGGCUGGUCCUUAUCAGCAGCGAGACGUCGGGCAGCAGCCAUUACGCGUUGCUUGUCGGUAAAGUUGUGAAACUUUAUAAUGAUGGGUCUGGGGCGUUGAUUGGGACCCGGUUUGAGCGCAAGAGUGCAGUGUGCGCGGUCCACCUUGAUCUCUCCAGAUUUAGUUGUGAUCUUCAGAAAAGUGGGGAGCCACGUCUCCACAAAAGCCACUGCAUCUCUCCCCUCGGUGCCUUCGAGUAGACCAAUCAGGCGUAGAUUACAUCUGCGGCUGCGAUUUUCUAAGUCAUCGAUAUGAUCCACCAUUUCACCAACUUGUUUCUCAAGUUUAAUCACUUUAGCUUGCAGUAACUCCGUGGCGUCCUCCACAUCAGAAAUCCUGGACUCCGCUUGGCCUACACGAGUUCCAAGCGCAUGCAUUUCAGCAGUUUGGUCGCGAAUAGCAACAAGCACUGUGUCAAUUUUAGCAUAGAUGGCCUCUGUGAUUUUAUCGGACAUCCUUUCCAGAACUUGAAGCACACUUGGAUCUACAUUAUCUCUGUCACCAUCUUCAGCUUCGGCUGGGCCCAAAGCAAUGGCUUCCUCCAGAGGCUCCGCGCUGUUGUUAUUAGACUUACUUGCAACAACUUUGUCACUCAUAGGCUUCUCUGCCACGGGCUCCGCGUUAGUAUUUGCGAGCUUGUCUGCAACGGGUUCCGCAUUGUCGACAGUAGGCCUCCCCGUAGCAGUCUUCUUUUUGGCUUUGGUCUUAACCUCGGGCAUUUUCAGAAAAUAAUUGUCCAGGCUCAUUAUAGAGCUUCUUCCAUCAUUAAAAAUCAAACUCUCAUCAGGCAAAUAAAGUGAAUAAACGGAUAAUUUAAGACAAAUCACCGGAGCUCAGCGGGGCGCGAUGUUCACUCUACGACGCCAUCUUGCCCUCUCCUCGGCCCAGCUUCUUAAGGGAAUCCAAACCACCUUCUUUCCCAAGCUCCCCCGUGGAGCUACUUGUAGGCGACCCAGAAGUUAAAUCCCUCACAACGCACGCAAUGCAGGUCUCUGAACAAAGUGACAUUUUAAGCCGUUUGAAUCGGUUUUCCAGCUGGUCUCUCCUAGUUAAAGUUAUCGCAAGAAUUAAGAGACUAGGAACUGAGCCACGUCCGCGCAGCAGUCUUGUAACGGUGAAAGAGUGUAGAAGAGCCGCAAGGGUGAUGAUCAGUUUAGUACAACAGCAAGCCUUCUCCAAAGAGAUAGGUCUUCUCAAGGGAGGGGCUAGCCUUCCAAGCUCUAGCCCGCUUAGUCACCUCGACCCAGUUUUAGUUGAUGGGCUUUUGCGUGUUGGGGGAAGACUGUCGAGAUCUACUCUCAGUCAAGAACUUAGGCACCCUAUUAUAUUGCCAAAGGAGAGCCACAUUACCAAACUAAUCUUGUCCCACUAUCACACAGCAACUCGACAUCAGGGACGCAAUCAAACUCUAACAGAACUUUGAGCAAAUGGGUUCUGGGCACUUGGUGGGAGCAAAGCGGUUGCCAGGUUGAUACAUAAAUGCGUGCUAUGUCGAAGGCUCCGGCGCUCUACAGAAGAACAGCGUAUGUCAGAGCUCCCCAAGGAACGUUUAGAGGCUUCAGCUCCCUUUACACACUGUGGUAUGGACUGUUUUGGUCCUUUUGUGACUAGACAAGGGCGCAAGGAGUGUAAAAGAUACGGUCUGAUCUUUACAUGUCUGUCAUCGCGCUCCGUCCACAUAGAAAUGCUUGAAGACCUGUCCACUGAUGCGUUUAUAAAUGGCUUGAGAUGCUUCAUCAGUCUACGAGGGGCUGUGUGCAAAUUACGCUGUGAUCAGGGCACAAACUUUACAGGAGCUAAAAGAGAGUUAAAAGAGGCGCUGACACAAUGCGAUACCAAGGCCCUGGAAACGUUCUUGGCAGACAAACAAUGCGAGUUCAUCUUUAAUGCUCCAUCAGCCAGCCAUGCAGGUGGGGUUUGGGAGUGCCAAAUUAGAACCAUUCGCAACGUCUUACAUGCUACAGCAGCUCAAUGUCCAGGUAGGCUGUACGACACCUCCCUGAGAACCCUGUUUUAUGAGGCUAUGGCUAUUGUCAACAGUCGUCCAUUGACAGUUGAUGGAAUCAGUGACCCUCAGGCCCCUGAACCACUGACCCCCAACCAUCUCAUCCUUAUGAAAUCUAAGGUUGCGCUCCCUCCGCCGGGAAAGUUUGUGAAGGAAGACAUAUAUGCGUCCAAAAGGUGGCGUAGAGUGCAGUACCUAGCGGAGCAGUUUUGGAGUCGGUGGAAAAGGGAAUACCUUAUGAGUAUUUCCCUUAGACAGAAGUGGCACACACCCCGCCGUAAUCUGAAAAUAAAUGACAUAGUUAUCAUCAAGGAAGAUAUACUUCCAAGAUGCCAGUGGCAGCUGGCACGUGUGGUUGAGACCAUAGAAGGCGAGGAUGGGGCAGUUCGUAGAGUUAAGGUGCAAGUGGGGGAUCGGAAGCCAGCGAAAGAAGGAGAUCACACGUCGAGACACUCAAUCGAACGGCCUAUUCAGAAAUUAGUAGUUCUUCUGGAAAAUGAAUAGUUAUCAGCACUGUUUACACACGAAGCUUACAUGACAUUGUAAACAUUGUAAGAGUGUCUAUAGCUAAUUUACUAGACCCUGUCUUAAGGCGGUCCAUUUGUUCUAAAAUAAUGUACGUUUUGUUUACCUUAUGGUGUUAUAACAUGAUUUGGUGGGAGUGUAAAAGACCGCUAGUUCAAUACUAUGGUCAUGUGACACUGACGUCAUCGAUGCUACGUGCACCGGAACUAGUUCAUAUAGUGCAUAUCCUUCUCUCGGGUGCACUCGCGGCAUAAAAGACUUCUUUGUUACGCCCAACGUGUGCUUACAAGCUAACAGUGCCAGAGUCGCUGCAGUUGUGUAUUUGUGUUGCAAUACGUAGAGGGGAAUUUACAUGUUUUGUUGUGAAUGUGCAGAGUAUUCGAGCCCCCUCUGCAACUUUAUCCCUAAUGCGGUUUAAGAAUACAACUGUGUUUAUUUUAUUUAUAGUUUUCACGGUGUCAAAGAAAAGAAGCUGGAGUCGUUCAGGUUGUUCCUGCGCACCCCAGAAGAGAACAAAUAAAGUGCUACACCCGUCAGAAGCUCUCUUCUCCUUUAUUGAAGCCAAGGGCCGCUACAUCAUGUUUGAUUUUCAAAAUGCACAUACACAUAUUCAAAAGAGAUUUAGUCUAGACGUCUUUUCCUGUAGACAGAUCCACAUCAUCAGUUCUGGUUAUCAGGAAAAUAACGGUGUUUCUGGUUAAUGGCAUCAGAGUUUGCAGCAUUAUGAAACACAGCAACCAUCCCUGUGUGGAAGCAGAGUAGCGUCCUGGAGAAAAUCCUGCUGGAAGGAAAAAGUCAAGUAAACGUCAGUCUGUUCGUUCAGGUCAGUCAGAACUUUGUCAGUUACGUCACUCGUUCUGCAGAACAGCCAAAUCAGAGCAGGUAGAUUUUCCCUGCAUGUAGGAGGAUCCUUGAAGGUCAAUAUGGCAUCGUUUUGGAAAGACAUGAAGUCUGCUGGAGUUUUCUUAAUCAAUUUAUUAAACUCCAAGAUGAUAUGGACAUUAAGCCAAUUUGAAUUUCUGUUAAUUAUGUGUCCAUCAUCAGCCAAAUUUUGCUCGAGCAGCUUUUUCUCUUUUGUUCUUUUACAAAUCUUUUAUUGUUAUUUUACAAGAGAAUCAGUUUAAAACAUCCACGGAUAUCAGAUUAUUAGUUUGUAAUUUCUCCCGGUACCUCUCUGUAUUAUUUCUUACAGUGCACUUUCCUGUGUUAUUGCAAAUAACAACAACCAAAAACUAUUUUAUCUAUAUUAAUGUAGGUUUGUUGAAGUAGUUUUUCAAGUUUCCUUUCUUUUACUUUAACUAAUUUCCAUCUGGUUUUUUGCUGACAGUUAAAAUAGGAGCUCCUUUAAUUUGCUUUAAUUUUUACCAUUUAUUAAUCACCAUUUUCUCUAAGUGCCAGGGAUUUAUUUUCCUCUAAGCAAGCUGUUUAUUAAUCCAUCCUCUUUUUUCUUGUUCUUCUUUCUGACAGAUUUCAAAUCCUUAGUUUGCUUGAUUGAAAUAUAGAUCAGGCCUUCCGUGUUGAUUCUUAAAAGUAAAAUAGCAUGUAAUUUUCUUCUUUUUAUAUAUGUUUGAGACCUUGAUCUCAAAGAGCCAUGUUAUCCAUUUUAAUUUACCAAUGAGCCAUGACAGAGCAAUACCAAAGAAAAUCAUUCCAGUAUAUUUGGAUGUGACUGCAAAUAACCCCUAAAGGCAGUAUGUUAUGGGACCACAAGUCAAAGUUAUUAUGCAGCCUUUUUAAGAGCAAAAUGGAAGCUGUUUCAGGUUUAUUAUAAAUUCUGGAUACCAAGAUAUUCAAAACCUUAACUUAAACCAAUUGUGAGCAAAAAUAAAAUAAUCAGGAACCAGAGACACACAAGCAGUUUUUGUGCAAAUCACACACUUAAACUUCUUAGGAAAUCAGAUGACUUGCAGCUUGCAUCACCACACAGAACCAAGCAGGAAAACUGCCUUUCGGUAUUUACAUAAAUGCACAUAAGGAUCAGUAUGUUGGCAUUUCCAAACAAUACUCUCUGCCCAUAGAUGCUUCACAUGAAUGGAGCGU